AUGGCUUUGGAGCAUCGGCUUACUAAACUUUCCCUCCAUGAGCAGGGGAAGGACAUGGUCUCAGGCUCAUCGCGUCCAAAAAAUCCGAACGGCCUACCAUACGAACUCGCCGUCAAACCAGAGGACUUUCCAGUAAUCCCAGACCCUGGCAUCUUUGAAUUUACGACACCAAUCAGUGUCAAAAAUGAGCCUUCAAGACGACGGAUGACUCUGGACUUGGCUCUGCCUACUCUGUCUGAAUGCGCGGCCCACCUCGAAUUCCUGGAGACGCUCUUCAUCUUGAGGCAGAAGAUUCUAGUUUCUAAGGAACUUGACGAUGUUAUGCAGACGAAACCUGUGAGGGAGACCAAGACGGGGGCUCAGGGAGAUGAGAAGACGCUCAAGGAUGAGAAGCUUUGGGAACGAAGACAGGCGAAGUGGCCGAAAUUUGUUGAGCUUGCUACAGUUCGCUUUCUUGCAUGGCGAAAACACUUCAACAAGUCUUCGGCAAGAGAAAUAACGCGAGACAAUCUCCCGCCUCUUGACAUUCUUAUGGUUUGGCAUUCAUUCCUUCUCAACCCUCGGCUGUUCUUUAACACCUGUUCAGAAGAACCUCUUUUCUCAGUCAAGUUUCCCUGGAAGCACAUUCACCAUGCCAUUAAUAAUACAGAGUGGGCUUUCACCCUACCUCCAGCUGCAGCAGCGAACUAUGAAGAGGCGUCGGGCUUCGCACCAAAUUUGUUCAACGAUAUACUUUCAUGGAAGGACCUCACAUACCUGACGCUCAUUCGUAUGUCGGACACCGGGUUUGGGGUCAGUGGAUAUAGACCCACGAUACACGAAAGCCCGUGUAAGGAGUACUCACAGCUCUUUCAAGAGUAUGACUCGGAAUUGGCGAAGCAACUGAGAGAUGCUGUUAUUCGCCAGGCAUCGUUUGUUGAUAAGAUGAAUUCGUUCAUGUGGAUUCGAAGUCCUAGCCUUCAGGGAACAAUUCGGCGAGCUAUUGCGCGGUAUCAGAACUUCUGCAAGCUCCUCAAGAUGUCGAAAACCACUGUUGUGCCAACGUUGGAUAUUGAUCUGGUCUGGCACACUCAUCAGUGUACAGCCAAGUAUUACGGACAAGUGAUGAAGGUGUUGGCCGGAAAAUUCGUCAACCAUGAUGACACCAUUGAGAAGCCACAGUUAGGUGAUGGUUUUGGCGAGACGAGGAGAUUGUAUCGAGUGUACUUUGGACAAGAAUAUCGUGUCUGUGGGUGUUGGGACUGUCAGGCCCUGUUGACGGAACUUGAAAGGGCUGUGGAGGACGGACAAGACGUGGAUAUGGAUAAGAUCACGGCGAAGGUCAAGGAGGAUGUGUUCUAUUAUAGGGCUGUGGAAUGGUCGAGGAGACAUAAAACGAGCUUACCAAUGCGGCGGUCAUGA